UCCAGAUUCGAACCUCGCAUUGGGCAGCAGUAGCGGAGAGGACAGCGACGGAGACAGCGAGGGCUACGGCACUGACAACCUGCCACCUCAAAUCAUGAUCGCAUCUGCACGCCGACAAAUUGAAUCCAAAGUUCGUCCCGUUACAGGUACAGAACUAUUGGUAGUGAGCACGAAGGAGGAUGCUCAAGGCAUCAUCGAUGUUGACAGCCAGAUAGUCUUCUCUGAGAAGGAUGUAGAUAGAUGGCCUCAGGCGGUAGUCUCUGACAUGAAAGUAGAUAGUCCAUCCGAGACCGUCGACAGGAGGGAGAAGGAGAACCAGUCGCUCAGGGAAGAAGUUACGCGCUUGAAGAGGAGUGCACUCGCAGCCGCCGAGCGCACAUGCUUGUUAGUACUACGGAUCAAAGACCGAGAGUGUGUGGUCGCGCAACGGGAGCGGUUCAUUUCGGACCGAGAAUAUGAACGGGACACUCUGUGGGCUGAAGUGGAGAAGGAGAAAAUCGCGGCGGAAACCAAGAUGCAAGAGGCGCAUGCGUACGGAGAGGUCGUUCAUUCAACCAUCGAAGAAUUGAAGAAACGGGAGAGCAUGGUCAAACGCAGCGAGAGGGAUCUGGAGGCCCGAGAUCUCGCGCAGGCCAAGCUGGAGGGUGCGUUUGCAGACAAGGAAGCGCAGAUGACAGAGAAGAUGAAGGCUCUACGCCAAAGACUGAACGACGUGACGAAGCUGGAGAAAGAGGCCAUUGAGUGGAAGAAGAAGUGCGAGCGGAUACUUGUCGAGCACCGCAAAUACGUCAACGGCGCAUUGGACGACCUCCGGAAAGCAUGAGUGGACUAUGUGCAUACGUAGCACGCACUAGAAUCACCCAGAGGGAUAAGUAAGUAGGUAUUAACCUUUGCGGCCAAAACCAUGUGCCCGCAGACUGGCCUGGGCCGACUGACAAUACAGUGGAUAGUAUAGGUAUACUGCGGCGGGCGAGUACGUACAAUGAAUAAGAGAAGCGAAUUAGAUGAGCCAUGUGGCUCGAGAGUUCGAGGUCGGCACUGGCUGCGGAUCGGAGGGCUGCUAAGAGUCUGCGCGCAAAUACUUUAGUCGACAUUUCACCAGCCUGACCCGGUGACGGAGUGAAAGCCGCUGAUCGACAUAGUCCACUUUGCACCACAAGCAAGCCCCAGGGGCGCAUGCACUGACUUGAAACGUAGUAAUAUAGUACUGUCGACCAGAACGACAUACUAUAAAAAGCUUAGAUGAGAGUAGAACUGGAUAUCUGACAUUCGACAAUGUAAUCGAGCGAGCUAUGCACGCCCAAAAAUGCAGCACACCACGUUGUUGCUGUCCAGAGAUACGCACAUUGACCUUCUAUACAACAAAAGACCAAAUAUUAGGACUGCCCACAUGGCGCUGUACCGCUGAGUGUAUGGGAUACUCAAACAUGGCGAAACUUGCGGCGCAUUAAAGGUAUUAAGAAAGGGUACCAACCACCACCUGAGGAUAGUAGAUACACUGUGGUGCUCGACGACACUGUAGGCUGCAGAGGCGUAGCACUUUGGGUCGGGUUUCCUGGUUGGGGAAGAUGUAAGCACGCCCCGGUGCAGCGCUUGUCAGUUGCAAUGCGAUACGCUAAAGACCACCGGACAGGGCAAGGGCGAACGAUGCAGAGUAUAGCCUAGUAGUAACAUCUUGAAUGGCUUACGAAUUUACGAGUACCGCUCAUUGCGUUUACGGAUUACUUUUGGUAUUGAUGGCGGGCCAUGGUAGAUCACUACGCCAUACCGUAUACGCUUUGCUCUCAGUAUUUGGUACUGAGUAUCAUGCAUGUUCAAAUAGAGACUCAGUACGAUCCGCCCAGCACCCAUAGCGAAACACUAGUGUUGUGCUCGCGUAGCGUACCGGUAUUAGACAUGCA